GAGAGAGAGAGAGAGAGAGAGAGAGAGAGAGAGAUGGGGAGGGCAGGAGUGGAUAGCAGUACUAGUACUGAAAGUAGAUGGAGUCUUGAGGGAACUACGGCUCUUGUCACGGGCGGAACAAAAGGAAUUGGGCAUGCUAUUGUGGAGGAACUUGCACAUUUUGGUGCGGCUGUACAUACAUGCUCUCGAAAUGAAGCUGAGCUUAAUGAAUGCAAGCACAAGUGGGAGAAAAAGGGUUUUCGAGUCACUGUUUCAGUAUGCGAUGUUACUUCUCCAUCUGAACGACAGAAGCUAAUUACCACUGUCUCAUCUCUCUUUGAUGGCAAACUAAAUAUUCUUAUUAACAAUGUUGGAACAAACAAAAUGAAACCGACAACGGAGUACAAAGCCGAGGAUUUCUCGCUUAUAAUGUCAACAAAUUUUGAAUCAGCGUAUCACUUGAGCCAACUUUCACAUCCUCUUCUGAAAGCUUCGUCAGCUGGAAGCAUUGUGUUUCUUUCUUCAGUCUGUGGCGUUGUAUCAGUUAAUGUUGGAUCCAUAUAUGGCGCCACCAAAGGGGCAAUGAAUCAGCUAACAAAAAAUCUUGCAUGCGAGUGGGCAAAAGAUAAUAUAAGGACUAAUUGUGUUGCACCUUGGUACACCACGACUCCCCUUGCUGAACCGUAUCUUACUGAUGAAAGCAAGUUCAAGGCUAUCAUCUCUCGAACGCCAAUGGGAAGAGUUGGAGAACCAAAAGAGGUGUCUUCAUUGGUGGCGUUUCUUUGCCUUCCUGCGGCUUCUUUCAUCACCGGCCAGACUAUUUGCGUCGAUGGGGGGAUGACGGUGAAUGGCUUGAUGAUGACCACAUGAUAGGCAUGGAUGCAUAUAUGGGUUCAAGAUUUAAUUGCUUAAAGAAAUUCCGGUUUCCCCUACUUAAAUUAUAGUGAUUGCAAAAUAAGGCAACACUAGUUUGCUUGCGAUCUAUGUGUGCCCCGGUAUUUGUCAUCAAGUUAAUUUAUCCAUGCAUGUUAUAAUAAACCAUAUUAAUUAA